AUGGUGAUGAAUAACGAUAAAUUUUCCCCAGUGAGUGUAGAAAACAUAAAUGGGACAACCGAACCAACGACGGUCACGUAUAAUGAAUUUGAACACCUUCUGAUGAGUGGGAGUCUGGUACUGAUCAUGCUAGCGACUCUGAUUGGGAACGGAACGGUUUGUCUGGCAGUCUCCAGACAUCGUAAACUGCGCACGCGCACAAACAUUUUUAUCAUUAACCUGUCAUGUGCUGAUAUCGGUGUUGCAGUUAUCUGCAUGCCUUUCUCGUUGUACACGUGCUUGAAUCAUGAAUGGGUGCUGAGUGAUGUUCUGUGCAAGCUAAAUGGUUUCCUUAACAUAGUAUUCUGCAUGAGUUCGCUUUUGACGCUUACAGCGAUAAGUGUAGAAACGUAUUUUGCCAUCUGUAAGCCGCUGUACCACAGACAUAUGAACCGAAAGUCUUCCAUUGGUCUCUUGUUGUGGACUUGGAUUCAGCCAGUUGUCAUAGCUUGUAUUCCUCUCUUUGGCAUCAUGGAGUAUGAAUUUAAAUCAGGUAUUUAUAUAAAUACUGAUAUAUAUCAGUAAAUUUUAAUGUAAAGUCGAAAGUGAUCGGGAAUUGUACUGGUUUUUCUUGAGAGAGCAGGAACUAAAGCUCUUUUGUUUUUCUGCCCUGCACUCUGUGAUUAAUCUAGAAAACGUACAACUUGAUCUAAGGCAAAAUCCUCCUUCAUUCAGUUUGCCUUUCUAUGCCUAAGCCCUCUUGGCCGAUUGUAAGAUUUAUUUUAUCUAUGGUGACAACUUAGAUAACUUCCUUUCAAGUUUAGGGACCCUCGAUUGAAUCGGGCUCUGCACUAUUUUCUAAGUACUGACCGGCAAACGCUUUUAACAACUGAUGGAUAUGGUAUUUUUUUUCAUGUCUCUUUGAUUCUCACCUUUUUCCUUUAGGGUGAAAGGUCAUAGAAUACAUCCCUGUUCAAUGAUGGCGAUUGAAAAUGAAAAGUGCCUAAUAUUUAACUGCGCAGGAAAUUCAUACCAUGUGGCCCAUCAGGAAAGCUAUCAUGGCUUAGUUAGAUAAAUAUCAACUUAAGAUCCCUAAUAAAUAGUUCUUUUUUGAUAGGUACAACUCAGUGUGGGGUCCAGUUCCCUACCAAUCAUUCUGAACAAGUGUUCGCCAUCUUUGUCAUUUUGUUUGGCUUCGUAGUACCGUUUGGCAUCAUGGGUUUUACUUACUGUAAUAUUUUCCGUUCGGCCAGACGUCACACACGGCGCGUCAGUCGUGUCUCGUUUUCAAGCACUUCUAGUACCGGUUCCACCGCGGCCCACAAGCAAGUAGCGGUUACCGUGCUUAUUUUACUGGUGGUUUUCUUGUUUUGUUGGCUACCGUACUUUUUAUACGCUGCGCUAGUCAGCGUCAAAAAUUCUGCCUUGUCGUCUGAUCGCAGAGUGCUGGCGUUAGGAAAGGCCGCCUAUUGGUGCGCUUUCACAAGCAGCGCGCUCAAUCCCUACAUUUACGGCUUCCGUAACCCGCAGUUCAGAAAGGAAUUCCAGUUUCUACUUUGUUUGUUCUGCCCGUGCAUUAGGACCGGUUUGCGCACGCGGGGAUGUAGCACUACAACGAGAAGCAGGGGCUCAUGGGAAGGGUAUGCCGGCUUCGAAUACAAUCACCUCAAACGUACCAGUUUGUCGUGCCCCAGCCCUAAAGCGAGGCUCUCUGUAGACUUUGCUCAGUUUCCUCCAAAUGGCGCCGCUAAGUUUGAGAUGCUCGCCCUCAAAACUAAACUUUCCAACUGUUCGUCUGAUCCGGGGUAUCGCAGUCAAGAAGACAACCGGGGCUUUGAUGAGGAGACUGGACCGAGUGAGGAAGACGGGGCUGUUGGUGAUAGCAACAACAAUAACAGCUCAUUUGGUGAUGAAAGUCAAAACAAUUUCAUCAGAAUCCUCGGUGAUGAAGCAAGUGUCCUAAAUUCCAGUUACGGCCCAGAAGUACCAAUCCUAGGUGCAUAUUCAAAUCAAGUAAGAGUUCUUGAAAGGAAUGCUGAGGAAUUUACGGAAAACCUGUUUCAUGACCAUGAAAAUGAGGUAGAAACCUCACGAUCUGAGACUCAAACCGAGUCUCCUGACAAUACCCAGCCAGGAAGGGAAAUGCCUAUGAAUUACAGUUCCACAGAGGAGUUAUUGACUCCCACGAGGCUCAGAGGGUGGAGUCUGAGAACUCUUGGAGCCAGGCUUAAACUCGGUUGGGUUGAAAGCACACUCUAA